AUGCAGCAUACCGAGGUCUUCAAGGCGACAGCUGGGUCGUGUCGCGUCGUUGCCGAUACGAAGGCCACUUAUCAACAAGCCGCGAUCGAGUCGGCACCUCGUGACGCUUUCAUCUCUCCUACAGUGCUGCUCAUACUCUCUGUGACGAUCCUUCAUCCGCCCAGAGCGCACCGUCGAAGGGCUCGUGCGGCUGCAGACAACGACGCCGAUGAUGCUCAAGAGCUCGAGCGGGAUACCUUGGAAGCCGGCACUCGUGUAGAAGCGCUGUCAGCGUCUGAGCUUGGACCAAGCGGCGUUGUGCGAGCGAUCAAAGUCUACAUCGAGCAUGUGCGUCGCAUACAAGCCCGUUGACGGGCACUUCCUAACGCGAAAUGAUUGCCCCUGGCAGAAUGCAGCGGCACUCUGCCUUCGGCCAUCCGUGGAGCUGGUGCAGGAUGAGCCUGGAGCCGUGUUCGCGCUACGUCGUCAGGGUGGUGACAAGGCCCGGGCAGUGACGUGUGCGUCUGCGCUUACAUCGCCUUCACUGGCACUCCUAUUGACAGUGCCCAAUCGCCUCUGCUCAGUGAAGCUCACCUCGGCAGCACCACAGUGGUCAAGCGACACGACACAGAGCUUCCUCACGUCAGCCGACACGCAUAUUACGUGGAAUGGACCACGACGAAGGAGACCUGAUCGAGGUAAGCGGGCUAAGUAACGCUGGCUGCAAAUGGCUAUGCUCACCUUGCUGUGGUGAAAGACCUGAAGCAGGAGCUUUGCCGGCCCACACUGGGCCCAGUCGACACAAGCGCACUUCAUAGACUGCUCGAGCAAGUGCUGAUUCGUUUCGUGUCGGCUUGUCCGAGUGGCAGAUUUUGCGCGCCGUACAUCGAGGUGAGAGUGGAGGUGGCCGGGUGUUCGGGAGGUGCGAGGCUUGAAGAUCAAGAUCGUCUUUGCCUACCCUCAGCGGCUCGAGACUAUCUUGCCUGCGCUGUCAUUCGUCGCGACGCCAUUCCAUCGCUUGGCAGCCAAGGCUAAGGAGCGAAACGAGGAUGGACCCCUGUUUCGAGCGAUUGCCGUAAGCACGCAUUGCCUCCAAUGAGGAGUGCUGAAGACUGACCUGUCAUGGUCCAUGGACAGACUCUUAGACAGAACUUGCCGCAAGCGUUCCAGUCUAA